AUGAACUCGACUGAUUCAGAGCCCAUUGUCCGCGUACGUGAAGUCAAGAAGGACAAGGUCAACUUUGUCCUCGAAAAUGUAGACCUUGCGCGCGUCGUCAUGGCCGACAUUCCAACUGUUGCCAUCGAUCUUGUCGAGUUUGAGGCAAACACCUCUGUGCUACCCGACGAAUACAUUGCCCACCGACUCGGUCAGAUCCCUCUAAUAAGCACAAACUGCGACGAAGCCAUUCGAUACACUCGAGACUGCACAUGUCUCUCACAAUGCUCCUACUGCGCUGUCCAACUCCGCCUCGACGUCGCCUGCAACGAUGACACCACCAUGGAAGUCACGAGCAACCACCUCGAGGUUGUUCCCCUCGACGACUACAUGCAAGAGGAAAUCCAACACGGAGAGGAAAAAGCAAAGCGAACCCAGUGGUUCGGUCAUCCAGUGGGCAAAAACGAACCUGGCACUCCCCCAGUCCUGAUAUGCAAGAUCCGCAAAGGCCAGGAACUCAGAGUGAAAUGUAUCGCUAAAAAGGGCAUUGCCAAAGAGCACGCCAAAUGGUCUCCCUGCUCGGCCGUCUCCUUCGAAUACGACCCCUACAACAAACUCCGCCACACAUCUUACUGGUACGAAAGCGACAUCCAAGCCGAAUGGCCCCUCUCCGAAAACGCCCAAGAGGAGGAACCACCACGGGACGAUGAGCCAUUCGACUUCAACGCGAAACCUAACAAGUUUUAUCUCGAAAUUGAGACGGAUGGGAGUUUGGCACCGCAGGAUGUAGUGGAGAAGGGAUUGAAUGAGCUACAAGCCAAGUUGGCAAAUUUGAUUUUGGGUUUGAAGGAGCCGACCGACGAGGAUAUGGGCGGGGGUGGUGCAGGCGGGCCAAUGCCUGCUUGGGGAGCACCUGCUGCUGCACCCGCUGAGUCAACUUGGGGAACCGCUGGAUCCUCAUGGCCCGGAGGAAGCAGUCCAGGUAGGGGAGGCGCAACGAGUGCAUAUAGUUCGAGUCCGGGCACUGGUGGAUCUGGAUGGGGCGGAGGUGCGGCUUCAGGCUGGGGAAGCCCAGAACGACAAGUUGGCUCUUGGACUGCUUGA